AGAGAAGUGGAGUCCGGUUUUGGAUUACCGAUGAUGAUGGUUCAAUGAUGUCACUGUUCUGGAUUGUGAUUCGUCAGCUUGCAGAAAUUGAAGCAAUGGAAAUGAAAGAUUUUUGGAAAGAGAGCGAGCCCUUCACUUAGACUAGCCAAAUGACUCUGAUAAGUACUUUGAAUUAGGGUUUUGUGACUCUUGAUUGAUUUGAUGUUAUUGAAGUGUUUAACCUCAUGCAUUAUUGAAGCGAGUGAAAUUUGAUUAUUCAAGGUUUUGUCAUUUGUCAACGAUAAGGUAAAUACUGUUCUAGAAGAGGGCCUUGUGAAUUCAAUGAAAAAGAGUAUUUUUUUUGCACUUGCCAGAUAACCAUGACAAGUAGUUUGAGUUACAGUUUUGUUAGAUUAGAUCCAAAUGGGAAAAUACGUGCCAAUGCUUUGUUUUUCUUUUUUUAGUUUGCAAAAAUAGGAAAUAAAAUAUAUGAAAUUUUGCGUUUACACCGCAUAAUUUGUGUGGCAUUGAGUGUACAAAAUACAGACUGGAGCAAAUUUAAUGGAACUGGAAUAGCUAGAUAGGUUUGGAUGUUUAUUAUUGUUGUGCACAGGCUACGUCGAAAAAGGUGAUUACAAGAGAAGAGUGGGAAAAGAAGCUUAAUGAUGUAAAAAUCAGGAAAGAAGACAUGAAUAAAUUGGUGAUGAACUUUCUUGUUACUGAAGGUUAUGUUGAUGCUGCUGAGAAAUUCCAGAUGGAAUCAGGAACUGAACCAGAUAUAGAUCUUGCAACAAUUACAGAUCGAAUGGCUGUUAAGAAGGCUGUGCAGUGUGGAAAUGUUGAGGAUGCUAUUGAGAAAGUCAAUGAUUUAAAUCCCGAGAUUCUGGACACAAAUCCACAACUGUUUUUCCAUCUCCAGCAACAGAGAUUUAUAGAACUGAUUCGGAAUGGCAAGGUAGAAGAGGCUUUGGAGUUUGCUCAGGAGGAACUUGCACCAAGGGGAGAAGAAAACCAAAGCUUUUUAGAAGAACUGGAGAGGACUGUUGCACUGCUGGCUUUUGAAGAUGUUUCUAACUGCCCUGUUGGAGGACUUUUGGAUAUUUCACAGCGCCUGAAGACAGCAAGUGAGGUGAAUGCAGCUAUCCUUACAAGCCAGAGUCGUGAAAAAGAUCCAAAGCUUCCAAGCUUGUUAAAAAUGUUGCUAUGGGCUCAGAACAAACUUGAUGAGAAAGCUGUUUAUCCUCGAAUAAACGAUUUAUCCACUGCCAUGCUUGAAGACCCUGCAGUUUGACUUGUGCGCAAGUUUUCGGCUUGGCCUAGUUUGCACAUGCAGAAACUAGAUGGAAUGAUAAAUUUCUGUACUCAAAAUUACAGCGACUCUAGACACAGCUAUUUGUUCGAUGCAACUGUUUUACAAUUUGUUUGCUGUUCUUUUUCUUCUAUUCCAAACAUUGCUUGCUCCCUUUGAAAUUGUGGAUUAUGACAUUAUCCAAAAACGCAAUGAGAUUAGUACAAGUGAUUUCAA